AUGGAUUCUGCGCUUGAGAUUCUUCAGCGCGUGCCGCAGCCCGUGCAGUGGGCUCUUGCCGGCCUCGGAGCUCUGGUCCUGAGCUCCAAGCUCCUGGGUCUCGCCCAGUUCGUCCUGAACGUCUUUGUUCUGGGUGGCACCGACCUCCGCAAGUAUGGCAAGCCCGGAACCUGGGCUGUCAUCACGGGUGCCUCGGACGGCCUAGGCAAGGAGUACGCCAAGCAGCUGGCGGCCAAGGGCUUCAACCUGGUGCUCGUCUCCCGAACCCAGUCCAAGCUCACCGACCUCGCGACCGAGAUCGAGACCAAGUACGCCGAGAAGAAGAUUGAGACCAAGACCUUCGCCAUGGACUUCUCCCAGGACGACGACGACGACUACGAGGGCCUCCGCGAGCUCGUUGCCCCUCUGGACGUCGGCAUCCUCAUCAACAAUGUCGGCCAGAGCCACAACAUGCCCGUCAAGUUUCUCGACACCACGGACGAUGAGAUGCAGAACAUCGUCACCAUCAACUGCCUGGGCACGCUCAAGGUAACCAAGAUUGUGGCCCCCAUCCUCAGGCAGCGCCGCAAGGGUCUCAUCCUCACCAUGGGCUCGACGGCCGGGUGGAGCCCCACGCCCCUCCUGGCCACCUACUCGGGCAGCAAGGCCUUCCUCCAGUACUGGAGCAGUGCCCUGGCCGCUGAGCUGGCCGAUGACAACGUCGACGUCUACCUCGUCCUCAGCCAUCUCGUCACCACGGCCAUGAGCAAGAUCCGCCGCGCCUCCCUCCUCAUCCCCACCGCCCCCAACUUUGUCAGGUCCGCACUCGGCAAGAUCGGCCGCGGAGGCUACCAGACCGCUUCGAGCACCUACACGCCCUGGUGGGCUCAUUCGGUCAUGGUCUGGGUCAUCGAGAGCGUCGUCGGUGUCUACCACCCGAUCGUCAUUGGCCAGAACAAGAGCAUGCACGUCGACAUCCGCAGGCGGGCUCUCCGCAAGCUUGAGCGCGAGUCCAAGAAGCAGUAA